CUCUUCAUUAACAAUGACUUUGUUCCCGGUCGUGGCCCUUUAAUUGAAACUAUCAAUCCUGCAAAUGAACAGGUUCUCUGCAAGGUUCACUCUGCUGAUGAAAGUGAUGUCAACCUUGCUGUUGACGCUGCUUAUCAAUGUUAUUACACAACCUGGCGCAAGGUCGCUCCUGCUGAACGUGGACGUCUUUUAAACAAGCUUGCUGAUUUAAUGGAGCGCGAUAAGGAUGAACUUGCUACUCUUGAUGCUGUCGAUAACGGUAAAUCCUUCGUCAUUGCUCGUGAUGUUGACGUCACGGAUUCUAUCAACUGCUAUCGUUAUUUCGCUGGUUGGGCUGACAAGAUCCACGGCAAGACAAUUGAUACUACAUUUGAUAAGCUGUGUUAUACUCGUCACGAGCCUCUUGGUGUUGUCGGUGCUGUUAUUCCUUGGAACUAUCCUACGAUGAUGGCUGCAUGGAAGUUUGCUCCUGCCUUGGCAGCCGGUAACUGCAUUGUCAUGAAGUCUUCUGAAGUUACACCAUUGUCUACUUUGAAAUUUGCUGAACUCGUCAAGGAAGCUGGAUUUCCUGCUGGCGUCGUCAAUGUGAUCACAGGUUUUGGACAUACAACGGGUGCUUAUUUGACUACUCAUCCAAAAGUAAGCAAGAUGGCAUUCACAGGCUCAACCUUCACCGGCCGUAAGAUUAUGGAAGCAAGCGCUGGUAGUAAUCUCAAGAAACUUCAACUUGAAUUGGGUGGCAAGUCUGCUCAAAUAGUAUGUGCUGAUGCUGAUCUUGCAAGUGCCGCUUAUUGGGCCUGUGGUGGUAUCUUUAACAAUCACGGACAGAGUUGUAAUGCUGGCUCCCGUAUCUUUGUUCAUGAAUCGGUUCAUGACAAGUUUGUCGAACUUUUCAUUGAAGAAGCCAAGAAGAUCAAGAUUGGUGAUCCCUUUGAUGAAGAUACCUUCCAAGGCCCUCAGAUCAACAAGUCUCAAUUUGAAAAGAUCUUGCACUAUAUCGAGAUCGGCAAAAAGGAAGGAGCCAAGGUAGCUUAUGGUGGAAAGCGUUGGGGUAAAACAGGUUACUACAUUGAACCUACUGUCUUUGUGAACUGCCAUAAUGAUAUGCGUAUCAUGCGAGAAGAAAUCUUUGGCCCUGUUGUUGCCAUUGGCACUUUCAAAGACAUUGAUGAAGCAAUCGAACUUGCUAAUGACUCUGAGUACGGCUUAGCUGGUGGUGUAUAUACCAAAGAUAUCGAUGUUGCUAUCAAAGUAACGAAUGAAGUAAAGGCUGGUACUAUGUGGAUUAACUGCUAUGAUGUAUUUGAUCAAUCUACUCCAUUUGGUGGUUAUAAACAGUCUGGCUUUGGUAAAGAACUUGGUAAAUAUGCCCUUCAAGAAUAUACUCAAGUCAAGGUUGUAAAGCUCUUGAGAACCAAGCUUUAA